CACAAAAAAAAUCCGGAGUUUUUUCUGGCUUUGCUGUUGCCAUUUUGCGUGACGAGAAUUGAAGAGAAGAGAAGCUAAUUGUAAUGGCGUCGUGGAACAUGGGUCUCGCUUCAUGCCAGAAGCAGACGAUGUCGUUUGAGGUUUCGUGCAGUAGGAAGAGAGACAGAGACAGAGAACGAGGUAGCAUCCUUCCCUACAAAGUGGUCGAGAUUACUCCUCCACCCAAGUCUCUUGGCGUUCGUUGCUUACCCCCCAACUUGCAGUGUGGGGAGAGUGUAACAAUAGAAGGACAAGCUUAUACUAUUUCGGCUGUAACACAUCGCUAUCAGCUUCGGAAGGGAAAAUACGAACCCAGCGAGAAGAGACUUGAUGUCUUGUCCACGGGAAGAUACUUAGUAAAUUUAUAUUUGGAAAAUUUAUUAGAACAAUCUUGAUUAGUACAUCUAUCUAGUAACGUUCUAUUUUGGUUUCAAUAUGUAAUGGCUUAGUUAUGUGUUUCUUCUUUAACUCCUUUCAUAAACAAUGGCAAAUUAAAAAUAAAAAUAAAAACAAUUAUUUUUUAAUCAAAAAGGUAUGGGGGGAAAUAGCUAGUACAAGUGUACAAUAGGGCAGAAAAGUGAGAUUUCACAAAUGCUGAAAACCAUGUUCAUGUCUCUAAAAGGUUGAGUUAUUAUGAAUCUCUUUUUUCUUGUUCCUUCAA